GAGUUUUCGCAUUGAAUCUUGAACCCUUUGUGCUGUGACUUUGAGACCUUGAUGUGCACGAUGGCAAAUGCCUCCCGUCGAAGUUCAUAGUCUGUGGAUUGGCGAGAGCUUUCCAGACUGGCUGCCUCACUGCGUGGCAUCAUACAUCCGCACAGGGCAUGUGAUCAAUUGGUGGAUCUACCCUGAGGAAAGGGAGAGAGAUUUCGAGCUACUCCAAUGCAACGAAGUUGGACAGCGCCUUUUGGCUUCUCCUCUUCUGAGAUUGCGCGAUGCUAAUGAGCUGCUUCCCUUGGAGCUUGCCCGGAAGAUGUUCUUCUACGGUGUUGGACCUGAGAGGAAGUGGCAGGGCUGGGCGCCCUUCAGUGCGUCGCCACUGCAGUUGCGCCAUUUAUUUGUAUUUCUACAAGAAUCCAGAGAAAGUCCGUGCUUCACUUCGGCCUCUCAUAGGCAUCCUGGGAGUUGCUGGGUAGAUGCUGAUAGCUUCAGCUUGCAAAACCUUGGGCAGCUGAAUCUGCAGGCGUCGCUGCUUUGUGCCACCGAAAAGCACCGCAAUGACCGUCGCACCAUCGGUGCAGCACAGGUCGUGGAGGGUGGCUGGUCAUUGCCGCCUACCACGCUUCGGGGCUUCCACUCCUGGGCUGCCAAGGCGACCUCAGAUCAGCCAGGCUGCAUGUGUCUUGUCACCAACAACUUCCUCUUCGCGCCUACUCGCUGUGAAGCUUGCUACGAGGGCAAGACCAAAACGCGCGUCGCGCCUCUUUGCUCUCCAAAGUGUGGACGGUGCUGGGCGCAACGAACUUUGCAAAGCUUGGCCGAGCAAAUGAGGAGCGUUCUGGAACGAGGUGGGCGGGGCAUUGUGGGGACCCACGGAAUGAAGCUGCUGCAACGUGCCGUGCGGCAGGGCGGCCCUGAGUUGGUGCAGCUCUUGCAUUGGUCAAAGUUCAAUCCCGUGGAGGCCACAGAAGCCCGUCGGAUGCAUCAAAUCCUCGAGGGGCAGGAGCCGUAUCCUGGCAACGCGUACAGCCUGCACAUCUUUCGCCAGGUACGUGACGAGUGGGCUAAGUUGGGUUGGGCCCUGCCAAAGAUGACCUUGCUCGUUCCACAAGGCCCCAAGCGGAGCUUCUUGUCAAUGUUGAUAGCUUCUCGCAGGGCCAAGGAGACCAAAGAAGUUUCUGAACUGCUGGAAGAGGCUCUAGAGGUCAAGAAGGCAAAGAAGCAAAGUCAACAGAAAAGAGAACUUGCUCUAUUUUGCUUUUUUGUAUCCUUUUGUGCUUGGGAAGAGGGGCUCCAGAAGUCCAUGAGAAGAGUGGUGUGACGAUUGGUUUCUAGCUCUUUGGCAAGAUGAGGGCUGUGAUGCAGAGAUGAUCGAAGAGCUUU